UGGUGGGUUUCCAGCACACUAACCUGCCCCAGAUUUGUUUUUAUAUGUUAAACAAAUGUAAAUAUCCUCCACAUAGAUGAACUCACGCCUUUGACCUUUCAUCUCUGCAUACUAAUGAAGUGACGUAGGUGUAUCUCUGCGGCAGAGGUUUCGGGGACUAGCAGUUUUUGUGCUGAGUGAGGUUACAUGUAGUGUACAUCGCUCCGGGCAAUCAUGAGAGGAGCUAUCCUAUCACUCGUUUUAGUUGGUUUAUGUGGUGCAACGGUGCCCACAGACAACGAUGUUACCAUUCAUAGGCGUUCUAAGAGGAACUCCCAGUCCGAAAUGACGAGGAUCCGCAACAUGUCUCCUUCAGACAGGCCCAACUGUCAACCAGGAGUUACGCCACCUAACAUUCAGGUAGACACUACACAAAGACUAUCUGAUCUUCGCAACCGGUUCACUGUUGCUGGUAUCCAUGGUUACCUCGUGCCCUCCGAGGACGCUCAUCAGAGUGAAUACCCUUCGAACUAUGACCUUCGACGAGCGUUUAUUUCUGGCAUGUCUGGAUCAGCUGGUCGUGCUGUGAUUCUACAGAAUAAGGCGGCUCUGUGGACGGACGGACGGUACUUCCUGCAGGCCGAGGACGAGCUUGAUUGUAACUGGAUCUUUAUGAAACAAGGAGAGAAUGGGGUUCCUACCGUUACGGAAUGGGUGGAAGCCAACCUAAUGGACGGCCAAAGUCUCGGGGCCAACACCUACCUUAUUAAAAAUAUUGAGUGGACUGAAAUGUCUGAAACUCUAGCCAAGAAAGGAAUUACUGUAAAGGGAGUCACACCAGAUCUUAUAGACGAAAUCUGGACUACUGGUCGCCCCGCCGAACCCAAUUCACCUAUCAACGCCUUACCAUUGAAGUACGCAGGGAAGUCUUGGCAAGAAAAAAUCAACAACAUGCACGUUGCUAUGGAAGCAAAGGAAGCGGAUAUCAUGGUGGUGACAGGACUGGACGAAACAGCAUGGUUAUUCAACCUCCGAGCCUCGGAUAUUGACUACAAUCCAUUCUUGGUCUCGUACGCCCUAGUGAACAGACCAGGCAACAGUACUAUUCUUUACAUUAAAAAUGCUGCAAACAAGUUGGUCGCCACGCCCACAGAUGCCGCCACAACUGAAACAGUACAAGAACACCUUAACACCGGGUCAAGUGGGUCGUGUAACGGUCGUGUGGGCAUGUGUGUUACUGUCAAAGAAUAUAGCAAUCAACAGCUACAGACAGAUAUCAACGCAGCUCUUUCAUCAACAACUGGCUACGUGUGGGUUUCCUUCGGGUGUAGUCGGGCCGUUUACAGCAGUAUUACAGCGACGAGGGUUCUUCAAGGCAACACACCCGCCGCCUUGCAGAAGGCUCAGAAAAAUACGGUGGAACAGCAAGGCAUGCGGAACUCCCACAUCAGAGAUGCAGUUGCACUGAUCAAAUUUCUGGCAAAACUGGAGAAAGAAGUGAAAGAAAAAAAGCAUUGGACAGAAGUGUCAGCUGCUGCAGAUCUUAAACAGCACAGAUUUGCUGUAAAGGAUAAUCGCGGCCUCAGCUUCCCCACCAUAGCGGGCUCUGGGUCAAAUGGAGCAAUUAUCCACUACUUCCCCACCAAUGACACGGACAAAGCUAUUACCACCUCUGACAUGUUCCUUCUCGACUCCGGUGGCCAGUACCUGGACGGUACCACAGACGUUACAAGAACACUUCAUUUUGGAAAUCCCACAGCAUAUGAAAAGGAGUGUUACACUCGUGUUCUUAUGGGUCAUGUUGACUUUGCCGAUGUCGUCUUCGUCGGGGGUAAACUUGGUCGGGAAAUAGACACAAUAGCUCGGCGUCCUCUGUGGGAUGUUGGCCUGCAGUACCGUCACGGGACCGGACACGGUAUAGGCAUGUACCUGAGUGUGCAUGAAGGGCCUGGGAGGAUAUCUCUGUCUCAUGCUAGUUUUAUCCAUGAUGAACCACUUGAUGAAUUCCAAUUCUUCUCCGAUGAACCAGGCUAUUACGAAGAUGGCAAGUUUGGAAUCCGUUUAGAAAACAUUGUCAUGAUAAAGAAGGCAACUACAAAGUAUCAGUUCCCGGGCACUACAUUCUUUACGUUCGAAACCGUAACUAUGGUACCAUACGAGCCUCAUCUUAUUGUUAAAGAGCUGCUGAGCCAACGAGAGGUGGACUGGAUCAAUGCCUACCACAAGACCGUUCAGGAUACUAUCAGCCCUCUCGUAUCCGACGACGCUUUGGCCACAUCCUGGCUCCUUGCAAGGACAAAGCCGAUAAGUCUGGACAAUGAAACGGGAACUGGACAUCAGCUGACCGCUCUUCUGAGUCUAGUGAUGCUAGCGUGUGUCACUCAUUUCAUACUAUAGUUAUUCAUAAUUUCCUUUCCUAGAAAUAAAACGUAUAUUUCAAAUAGCAAAUAUCAAAACAAUCGAUCCCACGGAAAAGGCAUUGAAGCCAUUACCCUUUUACUUGUUUACUGUCAUAAAGUAAUCCUACGGUAAUUGUGAUUUUGAACAAACAUUCAUUAAUAUACUAUAUAAUAUGCCCGUACUGACAAAUCUAUAAUAUCAAAUGCAUUGGAGUCAGGUACUAUAUAACUUGUAACACCUUAACUUCGGAGGUUAUAUUUUCCUUACAUUCGCGGCAUGAAAAAUAUUGUUUUACUUACGUUAUAUGAUAAAAGAAACAGAAGUUGUUCCCGUUUUGAUAAAGCGUUGUCUAUAAUUGUUGCGCGAAUAUUGAACUGCGUGACGUUGUUUCAAAACAAAAUUGCAAAAUAAAUCAAAGCAACGCACUUUAGUUAGUUUUUAUUGACAUAUCAACUGUUAUUAUAUAUCAGAGUAUACAUUUGUAUAUAUUGUUAUGUAUCUCAUAGUGUGCUUGUACUGAAAUAUUGACAGUGAUAUAUUUCCGUUGCUAAUUCCCAGUUCUUUUUUUGAACAACGAGAAUAGAACAAGGGUUUCAGUCUGUAACUAAAAACAAUGAUAGCAUAUUUCUAGUUUCCAUAUCUAAUAAUCUCUUACAGAGCCCGUUCUUAAGCUAGAAGUUGCCUAUUUAAAAUUAUAAUAUUAUCUACUUGGAGAGGAAACUUCAGGUGACGAGUAAAGCUUUCACAGACUUAUCUCCAAGAACAAGUUUUGGAAACAAUAAUGGAAUAAAUAUGAAAAUGUGACAUAAGUGAUGAGUUGAUUAAUGAAUGCCUUGUUGCCUCUGCAUUGAUGAACAGUCCACAGACCAGGUUCGGAAAUCAAGGCUAGACUCAAGUGGAGUUCGUAAUUGUAUAAUAACACUGUAUAGAAAGCUGGUACUCGCAUAUCUAUGUUAAAAGUACACGUGUAUUAACGAAACAUUUAUCCUGUAUGUGCUACAUGUGUCAGACACUCGAACUCGUUUAAUUGAAUCCAUUUCAUACUUGACCAGACACAACACAAUUGGAUCAUAUGUUCUUUUGGACUCGCUAAGGUUUUAUAUUUUUAAUUGUUUCUUCAAGAUGAAGUACUUAACCACUACAAUUUUAAUUAGUAUAGAAAUUGUGUUGGUCAUUACUCUUAAUUUUAUCUGUGGUGUAUAUAAUAAUGUAUUAAAACGUUUUGUUGAUUCCCUGUAUAUAUUUGUCACAUUUGUUCGUGUAUAUAUUUGCAAGGUUUGUAAGAAAUAGGCGUCUGCGUCGUGUGUUAGUUACAUUAUAAAACAAUUUUAUACAUUUCGGUUUUUUUAUCAUAAUCUGAUUUUUACUGCUUUAACUAUCGGAAUUAUGUCCGAAAUUCUAUUCACUCUCGUUUUAUAGAUAUAUAUAUUAAAAAAUUGCGUUUGCAUAUUUUAGGAAAGCUUUGCUACAGUAUAGCGGGAUAUUCUACUGAAAAUUGAUUUUGGGGAUCAGGUAGACCAACAUGUAGAUGGCUUACAUUACAAUUGCUAAUGAUUUUUCAUCUUUGUGUAACUUCCUGAAAAAAAAGUACCUUAAACACUUAUAUAAAAUAUAUAAAUUAAAUACUUAUAUCAAAUACAUAAAUUACUUUAUUGUUCAUAUGAACUGCAGCAGAAACAUAAUAACAAUUCAAUAACUUUGCUAUUAAAAUAAAAGUCCCAAGCAUAUGAUACAGCACCAAAGCUUAAUUUUCAAGUUAAUCCAAACAAACUUUACAUCCAACACUAUUUUCCCUGCUCAGUGUUAACGAUAAACCAAGAGAAGACCGAAGGUCCUUGUGAUGCCUAGAAAAGUAUAGCAGUCUAAGUUUCACUAAUGUUAUCUUAUUACUACUUCCCAAGAAUCUUUAUUAGAUAAAAUUUGAAAAAAAUGCAAAUGACAGUUUAUGUUGAAACUAAAGGAAAGUCUGAAUUAUAUUAAAUGGAUCGAUGCUAGAGUUUUUUCCAAGUUGGAAUAAAGUCAUCCUUGCCAGUUCUUUGUAUUUAGAUAAAUGUAACUGAUACUUAAGAACAUGUUAACAUGAAAUACCAUAAUUUGAAAUGAUGCCAUGAAAAUCAAAAGUACACAUUCCUCAGCGUACAUUGAUUUUUUUCUGGUGAAGCACCAUGGCUACAUACUCUAUUUUUCAACAGGCUUUUGGUGAUAUAUCUAUACAGAAAAUCUUCAAAGAUAAGAGCCUGAGCUUAUGUAGCGCCUCAAUUGUAACAUGUAAUCUCCAAACAGGGGAGUGAUGCUUUGUUGUUACUAAGGAAGACAGCGUUAAGGGUCGUGAGGACAAGCGAGUCUUGUAUUUGGUCGUAAGGUGACCAUUAAUAUCGUGAUAUACAUGAUAUAUAUAUAUACGACGCUGUAUGUCAUUUCUUGUAUCUAGAUAUUCAUUGCAUAUGAUGAUGCCCUUAUUAUUAUAGUUCCCGUAGAAAAGUGAGAGGUUCACAAAAUUAUUUCAUUGAUAGCGAUUCAUUUGUAUUUUCGUUCUUCAGAUUUAGAAAAUCUAUUACUAUACGAAUUUUGUUUUAAAAACGUGAUUGAUUUUAUAGGUGUCACAUUGUCAGCCGAAAAAUUGUUAUUGCACAUGUAAGAUACAUACAACCCUGCAUAAUAGCGUUAGCAAAUGAAGAAAAUAAUGUGACAGAAAUAUCACCAAUAUUAAUAAUAAAGACUGAUUACUUGGUAUGA